AUGUCCACUCCUGUCAAUAACAAUCAUCCAAAAUCAUCGUCUUCAACUACUAAUAAAAAAUUUAGAAGGACCCAAGGUUCAGGUGUUACAGAAAAUAUUAAUAACAGUAACAAAAAAAAAAGUAAGAAACCAACUAAUACUGCCGAAAUCACGUCUUGGAAAAGAAAUGAAGUUCACGAUAACGUUUCUUCAAACAUUAAUACCUCGAAUUCUAAUGAUAAAAAUGAUACCAAAGAUGAUGAUUUUGACACUUGUAUUAUUUGCACUGAUGAGUUGAAAUAUGCUGCUUUAUCACCAUGCCAUCAUAAAACGUGUCACAAAUGUACCUUUAGACAACGUGCAUUAUAUAACAAGAACCAAUGUUUGGUUUGUAGAACUGAAAAUGAUAAUUUAAUUUUCACCGAACAAGUAUCUAAAGACUAUGAAGAUUUUAAGGGCACAACCGAUUUUUCUAAUCCCGAAACAUUUACAAAUAACUAUAACAUUCAUUUUACUAGCAAGGAAGUGGAAACUGCUACAUUACAACUAUUAAAAUAUAAUUGUCCAUUUGGUGAUACCGGCGAAAAAGACUUUGGAUCAUUUAAGAAAUAUAACGAGCAUUUAAAGGGACAGCACGACAGAACAAUUUGCAUGAUUUGUGCUGAACAUAAAAAUGCGUUCCCAAGUGAAUUACCCAUUUUUACGCAUAAUCAGUUAAGGAACCAUCAAGUUAAGGGGAACUCAUCAACUGGAUUUAAUGGCCAUCCUUUAUGUGCAUUUUGUAAUAAACUAAGAUUUUAUGGUGAUGACGAAUUGUAUCGUCAUAUGAGAGAUAAGCAUGAGAAAUGUCAUAUUUGUAACCAAAUCGAUCCCAACAAUCCACAAUAUUUUAAAAAUUACGAUCAGCUGUUUGAACAUUUCCAAUCUGCACACUAUGUGUGUACGGUUAGAUCAUGUUUGGAUGCCAAAUUUGUUGUUUUUAAAACGGAUUUAGACUUGCAGGCUCAUAUAGCCAAAGAACAUGGUUCAUUAUUUGGUGUGGGAAACAAUAAUGGCAAUUCAACUAAUACUUUUAAGCUGCCCAUAACUAAUGGUGGCAGAAGGUUCCAAUCUGAAUUAUCUACUUUUCAACCAUCAUUUUUGAAUGACAACGAUGUUAACAGGAGUGCCAACAGAGGUUCCAAUAGUAAUGCAAAUAAUAACAACAGACAUAAUGGUACUAUAGGUACUCUUAUAAAAACUACAAAUAACACUAAUAGUGACAAUGGGGACAGAACUGUACAAAAAUUAAGAAUGGAAGAACGUGCCAGACAUUAUUUGCACUAUUCGUCCAAAGAGUUGGAUAAGUUUGUGAGUAUCAAUGAUAAUUAUAUACAAAAUGUGAUUGAUGUGAAUGCAUUAUAUGACGCAUACAAGAAAUUGUUUGCUGAAAUUAAUGAAUCAGACAUUUCAUUAUUAUUGUAUGAUUUUUCCCAUUUGUUCCCUGAAAAUUCCACUAAAAAUAAGGAAUUAUUGAAAAUAUAUGAAAAAGUUAAUAAUACAGAAGAAUUAAGUUCUAAAUUUCCAUCAUUGAGGGAUGCAUUAAAAAGCGGUGUUACAAAUAGUGACGAUAAUAGAAAAACUCACAAAACCACUUCCAUUACUGCUAUUAAUACUAGUAAUAGUACACCAAGUUUCAAAAGCAAUGGAUCAUGGAACCGGUUUGGGAAUGGUGGUGGUGGUGGUAGUAGUAGUAGUGGUAGUAGUAGUGCUGCUUCCAGAAUGAAUUUCCCACCAUUACCCACGGUUGUGCCUAAAAAGAAACAGCAAUAUCCACAACCUGUCAAAAAAAAUGUUCCUACCGUUAAAAGCGUGUUGAAAACUAAUGUGAAUACCAGUGCCACUAGUGGUAAUAACAGAAUUAAUGGUAGUUCGGUUGCUAUUAGUAACACCACUAAUAAUAAUAAUAAUAGUAAAAAAAAUGUUAAAUUUUCUCAGGAAAAAUUCCCACCCUUACCAACAAUUACUAAGAAAAGAGCACCAUUAGUUAGUUCAAUCCCAGACCCAAAGAGCUGGUCAAAUAAUAGUAAUACUAAAGACUCAAACAAUGACUCAAAUGCUACUUUAAAUUUGAACAAGGAUAGUAAUAAUAAUAAUAAUAAUUUAUCUACUGCUUCUGCUUCCAUAAAGGGGAAAAAGAAUGGUAGAAAACAAAAGCAACAAUUAUUGUUUCAUAUCGGUAUUUAA